AUGCUGCAGUUUGAGCGUUCAAUCGCGAUACCGCGAGGAGAUAAUCUGUUCACGUCUUCGAAGAUUUCCCCAAAUGGGGACUUUGUUGCUAUCUGUGACAACGUAACGAUAUAUGUGGUUGAAUUCUCAUCUGGGAAAAUCCAAAGACUACUUACAACCCAUUCUGAGCCAAUUAACGAUAUUUGCUGGUCUCCUGAUAGCCAAUGUGUUGCUAGUGCGUCGGAAGACUUCACAAUUGAGAUCACACACCUCGAAUAUGGGAAGAUACACACUCUUACUGGGCACAUAGCACCAGUAUUGGCAUUAGUUUAUAACUGUAAGGGGAAUCUGCUGUGUUCGUCAUCUAUGGACGAAAGUAUAAAGGAAUGGGACGUGCUGACAGGGACAAUUCUGAAGACAAUGUCAGCACACUCGGACCCAGUGGUUUCUAUAGACAUCCCUCAGUGCGAUCCUACUAUUCUAAGCUCUGGCUCUUACGAUGGUUUAAUCAGAAUAUUUGAUACCAAGACUGGUCACUGUCUAAAGACACUAACAUACGAUAAAGAUUGGAAGACGGACGAUGGUGUGGUCCCUAUUUCACAGGUUAAGUUCAGCAAAAACGGCAAGUUUCUGCUGGUGAGCUCUCUCGAUGGCGUUGUAAAGAUAUGGGACUACUUACGCGGCUGUGUGGUACGAACAUUUAAGCUACAUGACGAACCUCGCAAAUUAAAACAUUCAUGUGGAAUCGACUUCCUAUACCCUGAAGAUUCCCCAGAGCAACUAGUUGUGGUUGGUAAUGAGGAUGGAACAAUUGCAUGCUGGAAUGCACAAUCCAAAAUAUUGGAACAAGAAAUCGAGGGUUACCACCAAGGCGGUCCAGUUCUCUCAAUUAGCUGCUAUAAAUCAACGGUUUGUACUAUGUCGCUUGAUGGCGAGUGUAAUUUAUGGCGGUGGCAUAAGUAG